GUGCGGAGACAACACGCUACAUGACAAAACUGCAAGUUCGCUAAUUUGUCCGAGGCGGGUGCAUGUUCUUGCAGCCUUUGAUAGUCUGGUACAAGAAUGGACAUUGACGCCGCUCUCAAUAUCCAACCGCUGAGUCCCCCAGACAGCGACGGUUCGUCAAAGUCUAAGGCACGCUGGCGACCCCAAUCAGGAGGCUUUGGUAUCAAAACCGGCGGGACCAGAUAUGGAGGGUCUUUUGACAAUUUGGCAUCACCACCAGAACCGCGAGAAUCUGGUCCGACGAUCGCAACCAUCCGACGUUGUGCCUCUUUCAAGGAUGCAGGCGGCCUUCCGUCCGAUGCUGACUUUAGAAGCAGCGAAGGUCCGAUGGACUUUCCAGCACUCAUAGCGCAUGGAUCGGCUGAGCUUCCGCGAAGUGCAACUGGAUCUUUGCCGGGGAGUGGAACAGGGCUCGUUUCACCAAAUCAAACGCAUCCUCCUGUGGUGCGGUCAAGAUCCUCGUACUCCUUCCAAACGAUGAGCAACCUGCUUACCAUACCAAACCUUCUGUCCAAUUUACGCAAAAACUCCAUUGCACCUCCGCCAGAGCCGCCAAAGCACGAUAGUGGUGCCUCUGUUAAACGUGAGGCGAGGUCACGGGCCGGAACCGCUGCACCUGGAGACGGACAAGGACAGGCACCUGAAGAUGAUGGCUUUUUGAAGGAAAUUGGGACGCAGGGAUUUGCAGGCAUUUGGAAUCAUCCUAUUACAAGAUGCUAUUUUUUAAUGUUUUUGUUGUGGAGGGAAUUUGAAAAUCUUUAUUACUUUCGAAUGGAUGCCCAACAAUUCCGAUUUGAUUACCCAACUCUGUACAGCUCCGCUCGCAAGAGUCAAGCAUAUCGUCUUUAUAACACAUACCUCGUCAAAACGGCCCCAAUGUUUAUUCUCCGCCGCGUUCCACCCGAAUACCAAAAUGUCCGCAAGGUUAUAGCAGCCAUCAAGGCCAAUAUCGAUAAUCACGAUGCGACGCUUUUUGACGACCUGGCCUUCAUGGUCUUGAAUUGGUUGGAGGAGAUUUACAACGGCACCUUUGACGCCAGUAUAGAUACAGCUGCAGAUGGCAAAAAGGCGGAUACGAUCCGCUCAGCGGAUUCAUUUGCUCCAAGUUUCCGAGCAAGUGCUUUUUAUCAGGCGAUGAGAAAUGAUUUACGAGGAACCAGGCAUUUGACUACCAUUCAAUAUAAUCGCGCAGCGGAGAGAAUUACGGACAUGCCAUCCGCCGUCUACGAUGGAAAUGAAGCAUGGGAAAAGCUGAUGACGUCCUUAGAAGCCAUGGGUGUUGACUGUGAGGUUUUUCGAGUCCGUGGAUCAGGUGUUAUUGUUCGAAAGUCGUCGCAAAAGGGGUCAACCUCUGCGUCGAGGACGAGGAGCAUGUCAUCUCUUGAUAGCCGAAAGUCUGCCAAUGCUCCUGAUACCACAGAUGAUGGAAGCGCGAGUCCAAGCAAGGACUGGAAAAGGAACUCCAAUAACCAGUUGAACGUAGCAUAUGGUUCAGGGGAACUCCCACACACAUUCGUGCAGUAUACAAAUGGUGAUCAACAAUUUUGUGAACAUUGUUGCCGUAAGGUCGCCUAUGACAAGGGGAGCGAAGAUGCAAGUUCGGCAUACCGCUGCGAAUCCUGUCGAUACAUGUGCCACAAAAAUUGUCGAAACGCUAUCCGGGUUUCCUGUGUCAAGCCAUCGAACACUCUCGAGGUAGAAGAUCAAACCGAAGUUUUGUCGGAGAAGAUGAAACGGGUAACCGAGAAAAUGCAAGCAGUGCAGCGUGAAGUGGAUAUUGAAAUGAAGAUUCGGGACGGACUGGAUAAUUUACUCCGUGCCAAAGGGAGCUUGGGAGCCAAACCGAGUAGUAGCAAAAAACCGGUACCAGUGGAAAUGGACUCGCAGAUGGAACGCUCAAAUAAGAAGCUUGAUGUGCUCAAGCAUGAAUUGACCAGAUGUCGACUGCAACUGGCGGCUCUGUCUGCAGCUGCUGCCGCUGCCGCAAACAAUCCUUCACUAGUAGAGACGAAAGCCGAAGAAGGUGUACGCCCGCUAGAGCACAAGAGGACGUCAAGUUCGGCAAGUACGGUUUUAGCGGACCUCAGUACGGAGGGUGAGGUGGUCAAAGUUGUUACAAUGGACUCUGCCAUGAAGGCCGAAUCUACAAAAACAUUCUAUAUUACCAGCGAGACGACCGUCAAGCAACUCAUCAGAAUGGCUCUCGAAAAAUUCUUGAUGCCAGGUAACGACGAAGAUUAUAUUCUGUCAUAUACCAGCAGAGAUGGAGAUGAUGUGCCCCUUCGCCAUGAAGAUUGUCCUUCUAAGCUCGGAUUGAAUCUCCUGGAAACGCCAUUCCGACUCAAGGUCAAUAUUGAUACAGCUACUCUAUACGAGCAUCCCAAGCGUGGAACAUCCGCAAUGAGACAACCAACGAUAUCAAAAGAGGAUGAAACACGACAACGCAAGCAGAGGGAUGUAUUGAUGGAAAUCAUCGAGACGGAAAUUAAUUAUACAGAUGAUCUGAGGAACAUUGUGGGGAUUUUCUUUAGACCACUAUCAGUGGCCGGUGUUCUGACCUUGGAAUCCGAGAACGAUGUCUUCUCAAACGUCAAAACAAUUCUCGAUAUUCACGAUGAGCUGUCUGCUACUCUCAUUGACAAGCGGGACGAGAUGCUUCAUAAUCACGUCAGUUUCACGAGCGCUCUACUUCCCAACAUUACUUCCUUGUUCGCCAAGCGCUUAGAUGCCUUCACGGCGUACGAGACAUAUUGCAGCAACCAACACAAUGCUCGACGGAAGCUGGCUCGACUAAAACAAGAUCCUCUAUUCACAAAAAUGCUGACCCAGUGCGAAGCUAAUCCCAAGCUGAACAAGUUAAACUUAGCAGAUCUGUUGGUGAAGCCUAUGCAUCGCAUAACCCGGUAUCCCAUCCUGUUCAAGCGGCUGUUAUCAAAUACUGUGAAAGGGUCGUCGGAAUACGAGACUGUCAAUGAUUUUAUCAACGGUAUUGAAAAAAAAGUAGCAGAUAUUAAUGAGGGUGUUAGACGUCAUGAGGCUGCAUAUAGGAUUAACUUGAUUGACGAGAACUUGGACUUCAACAACGUAGUUGAGCGAUUCAAGCUUGCGAAUGGGCGCCGGGAACUGAUCUCGGAAAAGUCGUUUACCUAUCUGAAGAAGAACACCAAUGGCACCGUGGAGGUGGUCGUACUGUUCUUCACCGAUCUCGUCCUCAUUGUGCGCCCGAAAAAGGCGGAUACUUUCAUUUUGUUCAAACCACCGAUUCCAUUGGAAGCAGCCGUCUUCCUCGAUAAGCCCGAUGCGCAUGGCAUGAAAAACAUAUUUCAAAUUAUCCACCUGCAGCAAGAAAUUCACUCUCUUCAGACCAUCAGUGCUUACGAUAAAAAUGCAUGGCUUCAAGAAGCUGAAGCCAUCCGGUCACGGUUCUGUUCUAUUCAUUAUGACUUUGAGCACAACAUACUGCGAGAUGCCGCCGAUAGGUAUCAGGAGGUGGAGAUCCCCAGCGAGGGCCCUAUGAGUGCGGAUAACGUACCCAGUAGCGUGCUAUCUAAUAGUCUCAAAACGUCUCCAACAGCUGCGAGACGGCGGAACACAUCUGUACCUGCCACGUCCAAGGAACCGAAGCGAGAGAGACAAUCACAGGACGGGGGUGACAUGAGACGAAAAGAGAAUAUAUCGCGGUUUCAGAUGAGCGAUGGGGACAUAAAGCGAACGCCUUCAUGGGCCCAUAUGCUGAAGGGGAAGAGUACUGACUCGCUCCGACGAUCGGCCAUGAAUGCUGAACAAACGGAGCUGGUUACUGAUGAUGCAGUAACUCUUCCAACGAAAGCGCUAUCGGAUGACGCCUUUGGUGGCAUAGACAGCAGCGAAUGGACAGACGACACCAUGUCAACAGUAGGAACGUCGUCCAAGACCAGCAGCUUCUUUCGCCGUGGUUCCAACUCCUCCAGAACAUCAAGUAACUCCAAGUCGCUAAAUAGCCUACGAGCGAAAAGCGAAUUAUCCCUUUCCAAGAUCUCCCCGGAAAAAGAGAAAAAGGAGGAAAGAGCGGUAGGGAAAUCGGACGACAAUUUGUCGAAAUCCUCUAAUAAGAAGAAAAAAAAGAAGCGAAAGGGGUCGCUCACUGUCACAAAACCGGAUACGGUCGAUGUCACCUCGCAAAGCACUCCACCGGUGCCCCCGGAAGCCGUUAGUUCUCCCUUGGAUGUGAGCACAAUAACUAACGUAGAAGCAAGUCGCGCAGCGACAUAUCCAACCCAGGCCACUUCAGUCAGCUCUCCAGUCACUCCGACUACUCCCAUUAAUAAGAUGAACAAGAGGUCAUCAUGGAACCAAGGUGGAAGACCGUGGUGGACCUGGUCCAAGCAGAGUAGCAAAAACAUGGCCCCCGAAGCUGGCGAAGCGCAAAACGAUCAGGGUGUAUCGUAAGAAUUUAGUGAAUGGGAUUAACUUAGGUUAGCGCAAAUUACAUCUGUAUGUGUAUAAACUAUUCAUAAAACAUUGACAAAAUAAACAAACGUAAUUUUGGAUUGGUCGGG